CAUUUCUUCGCUGAAAAAAUGAAGCAGUUUGUUGUGUUGUUCGCCGUUUUGGCCGUAGCGGCCGCCGCGCCUCAGUCGGAAACCGAUGGAUUAUUGUCCAGCGCACUCAACUUCGUCAAGAACUGCGGCGACAAGUCGAUGGUGCUAUGCGUCAAGGAACGCGCCCUCCAGUAUGUGGAAGGUGUCCAGGGUGACAUCGAGAUCACCGAGGGAAUCAAGCUGGUCGAAACUGAGAAACCUCAAGCUCAAGGCCGCUCGUUGAACGAAAUUGACCUGCCCGCCGAGCCAGAAGCCCGCGAAUCCGAAAUCGACAGCCUGCUGGUCGACCGUGCUGCCCGUUUCCUCGGAUCGCACACCCUGCAGUUCAAGGUCCCCAAGGACUCCAUUGAGGACAUGCAGCGCUCCCUGGAUGAAGCCCGUGGCAAGAAGAAGAAGGUCAAGAAGCUGCUCCUGCCCCUGCUCCUGCUGUUCAAGCUGAAGGCCGCCGCCCUGCUCCCACUGGCCAUCGGAUUCCUGGCUCUGAUCGCUUUCAAGGCUCUGAUCGUCGGCAAGAUUGCCCUGAUCCUGUCCGCCAUCAUCGGUCUGAAGAAGCUGUUCGACAAGAAGCCAGAACAGAGCUACGAAGUCGUCGCCCACCCACACUACUCGCACUCGACCUCCUUCGAUGAUCACCACGGAUACGCUCGCUCCCUGGAUUCCCAGAACCUGGCCUACUCCGCUCACUCCCAGUAAGCUGCUUGCCAUAACAAGUUCUGUGUAGCGAGAAUUUGAGCUCCCCCAGCCCCCUCCCCCUAAGUCCCCUGGAAUCCCGAACCCCUUGUGUCUACUUCCCAACACUUCCAUCCUUUGAUCUAUCUGAAUCUUCCAGAAGGACCAGAACCAGACAAGCAUAGUUAAGUAGGUUACAAUUCUCGGUCAUCCUAUGGAUCCCAAGGAACUUUCAAAAAACCCUUCCGGAGUUCCCGGCAAGGGUGUGUCGACUUCCCCUUUUCUAAUCUCCAUUAGACACACAAACACACACGCUCAAUCUCACCUCCCACCAUUUCCCCCCUCUAACAUGAAAACUCUCUUAGAUUAAUUUAAUUUAUUUGCGAUGCGAGAUGAACCAGUUGACGUCGGCGAAAAAGAAACGCGUAUUUAAUAAUUUAUUUUUUUGCUCGAGAAUAUUUAUUUAGAGAUUAUUUGUUUUUAGGUAGUAUUUUUCCCCUUUCUCGAAACAAACAAAAA